UCUGCUAGCGUCUCCCCUUCUCCUGCGUGAGUUCUGAAGCAGGGCAGCAAAGUGGAAGGAGCGAAGGGGCGUCCGUCCAACAAAAUCCCAAGCCCUAAGCAACAAAAAGAAGAAAGAAACCACGAGAGAGAUCGCCCUCACGCAAUGCAAUGCCUGCGGCUCCACGAAACCAAAGCCCUCGGCGGAGUAGAAAUCUAGAGAGAGAAAGAGACAGAGAAGGAGGAGGAGAGAGAUUGAGAAAGGAUAAUAGUGUCCAAAUUUAGGUAGUGGAAAGUAAUUCCUGGUGAAGGAAGUUCGAGUUCUUGGCAGGAAAUCGGAGAUAUCGUUCCAGUUCUGGACGGAUCGAGAGGAGCAGCGGUUGAUCUCGCAGGAAUCCUGAUGAUUUAUCCAAGAAACGGUCACGAAUGGUCGGUAGUGCGAGGCAAGAAUGUUUUAAUCUCUGGAACUGGAGGGUUUGUUGUUAGAUACGUGUACAGCUUUUAAGAGUUAGUGGUGAGACCUUGGAGUCUUGGAAGAAGAAGAUCGGUUUCUUUGGUUUGAAGGCGAACAAGCUUAUGCUGAGGCGAAAGUCGUCGGGAUACUAAAAAGAUCGUUUCCGAAUUUGGGGAAAAAGUGAAAAAAACUACCAGUUUGACUCCUUUUUCUAAAGCUCACUCUGGAAUGCUGUCGGUUGAGUUACCCUCAGGAAAAUAGCAAGAAAAAGGGUGGAAAUAAGAGAAAAACAGAAAUUUGCUUGCUUUUGGAAAAGCUAUGGAUGGGUAGCUUGGAGCAGAAGCGGUUUGUGCUGUAGCUUUGGCUGUUAGAUAGUUUGGUCUUGGUUAAACUAACUUUGGUCGAGGUUUCUUAUUGGGGAAAUGGCGUCUUCUUGGGACCAGCUGGGUGAGAUUGCGAAUGUCGCCCAGCUGACGGGCCUUGAUGCUGUUCGUCUGAUCGGCAUGAUUGUGAAGGCGGCGUCAACAGCAAGGAUGCACAAGAAAAACUGCAGGCUUUUUGCGCAGCACCUGAAGCUGAUCGGCAACCUCUUGGAACAGCUUAGGAUCUCGGAGCUCAAGAAGUAUCCCGAGACUCGGGAGCCCCUGGAGCAGCUGGAGGAUGCCCUGAGGCGGUCCUAUAUUCUUGUCAACAGCUGCCAGGACCGCAGCUAUCUCUAUCUUUUGGCCAUGGGGUGGAACAUCGUGUAUCAGUUUAGGAAGGCUCAGAGUGAGAUCGAUCGAUACUUGAGGAUUGUUCCACUCAUCACUCUAGUGGAUAAUACUAGAGUCAGAGAAAGACUGGAGCAUAUUGAAAGGGAUCAACGUGAAUAUACUUUUGAUGAAGAGGACAAAAAGGUGCAAGAUGCCCUAUUAAACCCUGAUCCUUGCAAAAAUCAGAUGAUGGUGCUAAAAAAGACUCUUUCGUGUUCUUAUCCGAAUGUGCCUUUUGAUGAAGCCCUUCAAAAAGAAAACGAGAAGCUCCAGAUGGAACUUCAAAGAUCACAGAGUAACAUGGAUAUUGGUCAAUGUGAAGUAAUUCAACGUUUGCUUGGAGUUACAGAAAAUAUAGCAUGUUCUCAGCCAGAGAAGAGUGAAAAGCUCAAGGACUCUAGGAAAGUGGAGUCAGAUUAUUCUGAUACCAAUACUGACAAACGGUAUUCCUUUGAUGGUGACUACUGUUGCCAACAAAACGAUACUUACAUGGCAUCAAAAAGCGUUUCUCCAGUUUCAUCUGGCCAUGAUUUGAUCUCUACUAGAGGAUCACACAGACAUGAAGAUUGGCACUCUGAUUUACUUGGUUGUUGCUCGGAGCCUUACCUAUGUAUGAAGACCUUUCUAUACCCUUGCGGAACAUUUUCAAAAAUAGCUACAGUGACCGAAAACAGACAUGUUUCUUCUGCAGAAGCCUGUAAUGACCUGAUGGCAUAUUCAUUAAUAUUAUCAUGUUGUUGUUACACCUGCUGUGUCAGGAGGAAACUCCGCAAGAUGCUGAACAUAACGGGGGGUUUGUGUGAUGAUUUCCUGUCUCACCUGAUGUGUUGCUGCUGUGCACUCGUGCAAGAGUGGCGUGAAGUGGAGAUUCGUGGGGUUUAUGGUACAGAAAAGACAAAAACAACCUCACCACCUUUUCAAUACAUGGAAUCUUAAAUGGCAACUGGGAGAAGAAAUUCAGUUAGUGUUGUAGAGUAAAUACCCUGUUGAUUGGAUUCCAAGGUAAUUGCCAGCGGUACCAGUUAUAUGAAGUUCUGUCUUGUUGUCUAUUGUAUCCAGAUUGUUCUUUGUAUUCUAGAAUUAUAGAACCGUGCUAUUGUGGUAUAGCAUUGUCUGUUUGGCCUAUUUGAAAAGGUCGGUCCGUUGCCAGGAUGCAUAUUGCCCUCAAGGAUUCUGACAUUUAUCAUCUUAUUUAUGUAAAAAACCAUCCAUAAAAGCUGCUCCGGUCACCAGCACCAUUUUUUGAAAAA